AUGAUAAAAUCUGUUCAUAUAUUCAAGAAGAAAAAUUUGAAUUCAGUAAAGCAUCUUUAUAUUGUUAGCAAAAAAGUACAAGAUAAUUUUCUCAAUUAUUUUCCAAAUGCUAAUCAAUUAAGUAUUAGACAUUAUUUUAAAACAUUAGUUGAUUCGAUUACAGCAACUCUUCGUCAUAUGAUUCCGUUAAGACAACUUGCGAAGUUAGUCAUUGAAUGUGGUGAUUUUCCAAUGGAAGAUCUUAUUAAAUUAUUACGUUUUACAUCUAAUAAAAAUGAAAUUUUUCAAUAUAUUAUUCGUACUUGGUUGCUUAAAACUGGAAUAAAUAGAAAAGAAACAAGACAAAUAUUUCGAUUGUUAUUAUCAAAAACUCAUAAUCGAGCACGAAAUUUAUUCUAUUUACGUAUUCGAAGUGUACCGAAAGUACACUUAAAAGAAGCAAAAGUUUUAAUUGAAUCAAAAAAUUUACUCAAUAAUUGCUCUAUUAAAUAUAUUAAUGAUGGUUUACAUUGA